CCUCAGCGUGCAGCCGCGAUCCGCAAACAACAAACGCCGUUUGCUCCACUAGCUUGUUUUGCAAAGUGAAAAUUCGGUGGCCGACAUGCCCCCGUGGAGGCCCGCAGCGACGAGUGGCCGCCUCCGCGUCCCCCCAUCGGCCGCCGAGCAGCAAAUUCGCAGCAGUGCCAAAUCGUCGUCUACAUGAUGUUGGCCACCGCGACACUGGCAAUCGCCACUCUCUCGCUCCUAACUGCCAGCAAGGCCGCGGCCAAAUACUGUGAUGGUGGCCACUAUUGUGCACCGCCUAAGGAGUGCUGCACCGGCGGCUGCUGCUACAACGUUUACACACCCCCUAUUUAUCGGCCUCCAGUUCCUCCGACCAGCCUCCUCAACGUUAUCUUUUGGAACCACUGGCAUUUCUGGGCGGUGGUCACAGCCAUCGCUGUCCUGUUCCUGGUUGGAUGCUCAAUUUGGCGGCGCCGCCGGUCCAUUAUCCGCUACUGCCAGGGAUGCUGCUAUUGCUGCCAGCAGUGUGAUUCUGAGUCUAACAGAAACGACGACAUGAGCUCGGAAUCGGGCACAACUUACUACGCACCUCCCAACUACAGUCGGAGUAACUCAUUUCACCAUUCUCCGCCACCUUACAACGAGGUGACAGCGAAGCCCGAUUUGUACCCUUUGGUUAUCAGUUUUGGGGGUGAUCAAGGGAAGAGUGUGCCUGGUAGCUGCCUAAUGGUGCAGUACUUCAGAAACUACCUUGUUCGUCCUGUCGGUUCACUCUCGGCAGCAAGCACCGUGGACAGCCUAAAUUCGGCCUUUAUGUGCGCCGACGUGCCACCCCCUUAUCCAGGUCAAGCCCCACCAAGCGCAGCACCUUCUCCACCACCCUCAUCUUUAAUGCUGCCAUCAUGUUGUGUCACUGACUUUGGAGGAUUGUCAGGCUCAGAAGUCAGCAGUCUUGGACUCGGCACCCCAGUUUCCCCUCCGCAAGCUACGACUCCCACAGGAAACAACAGACUCUUCCUGCCUCUGGAUUCUUGCGAUGGACCCCAAGAGCUGCACGAAGAAGCGGCCGAAUUGCGCGCCCUUUUGGACAAAAUUCAGGCCUUGCCGACCGCAACCCCCGUUUCACCAGUCGAGUACGGGGACAACGAGCAGGAAGUUGCAUCGCAGAAAAGUCGCACACCUUGGCCCAGCCAUUCUAAAAGUGGCUACACGCCCCUAAGCCAAGGAAACCCUCCACUUCUGCAACCAAAGCGAUCGCGCAGGGCGAGCUGGCUGUCCCUGACCUCACCGCGAAACGCUUUGCCGCCCAGCAGCCUUGGUUUUGGCAGCGUCUCUUCCCGAUCGGCACCCACAACUCCAAGCACCCAUUUGGCGCCACCCCUCCUAACAGUGCACACCGGCCGCGAGGGCAGCAGUCCUUUGCUGGAGGACAGUUCCGAGGACGAAGACGCCGAAAUGAACGCUGAGGAUUUUGCGCCAAGGUAGUUCUGGCACCGACCGACCUAAAGCUCUUGCCACUCAAAGUGAGAUCAGUGAUUGAAAUUUUCUCGACAAAGUCCCCCCAAAGACUAUACCUGCAGCAUUUUUAGCAGGAGAGAGAUGCGCUGAGUUUUGUGUGGGCGGAUUUGAGAAGAUUUUCUUGUAUUAUAAAACCUUUUUUAACAUAAUAAUGUCGCUCACUGUUGUGGAAUUAAGUCAGGUAGUCUCACAAGACGAGAAGAGGCCGCAGUUUGUAUUUAAGAUUUGCAAAUUUUCAAGGCAGAUUUUGCCAAAUCUUAAACAUUCAUUUUUAAGAGUGAGUUGGAUUUGAGCGCUUAGAAAGGCUUAGCGUUUAGUUGUUACUAAGAUAAUGUAAGGUACCUCAAAUCUGUAAGCGCAGUUCAUAAUUUCACACUUACGUCGAUUCUUUGAGAUUAUUAUGAUACAAAAGCAUAUGUUUGAAGUAACUUUUUAGACCUCAAGUCAUCGAAAAGCAAGUACGAAACUGUAGAAAUCACAAAGAUGAAAUGAUAUAAAUUUGUGGUGUUGUAUGCAUGUCCUAUUGUUACUUGUUAGAAAAGAAAAUUUAAAGGCGUGCAAUAAAAU